AGGCACUCCCUGGCCGUAUUCAAGAGCAGAUCAAGCGAAUCGCGACAGGUAGUUCCGGCAACGGUUGGAAUUCGUUCUACUCGCCCGCUCCGACAGGCACGUCUCGACCGAAGCGGUCCGACUGGCUUCGCGAGAGGAUCUUCUUUGAGCGACUGUCCAGGAAAGACCAAUACGCAAAGCAACGCCUGGGGUUCUCUGCGCCGAACAUCUUCGUGCUCAGUCUAAGCCAAUAUUAUUGAGUUGUCAUGCCUUAUGACUUUCCUCCGUGCUAUCUGUCUUCGCUUUCUCCUCGCAUGGAACGUCAGUUGUAUACCUUCUCGAUUCUUCCUUGUACAAUCGCUCGCUUCCACACCGACGAAACGCCCUCUUAUUUCCAUUUUUGUCUUUGCCUUUGUGCCUGCAUGCAAAGGCAUGCUGCCGCGACCCUGAAUUUUCGUCAUCGUGCUCCUCUCUACAAUUUAACCCAGAGGAGCGGCGAGAAUAGAAGUUGCGGUGUGCCCCUGCUUCGCCAUGUGGUGGAGUGCAUGUUAGCGAAGCAUCGUCUUGGUUCUGCUCGGGAAGGUAAUGGCAGUGCACAAUCACGAAAUGUAGUAGUAUAUCAUUCAGCGAGCUCCGCGUGCAAAGCCGUUCAAACACCCUUUCUCUCGCCAUUCUGCAAUUGCGGCAUGUCAGAUACUCGCCGAGAAGUGAUUCUCCUAAGGCCAGAACGUGUACUAUCACAGCUCGUGUCCUGGAAGUCUCAGCACAUGUACAAGCCCGUGGAUGUGAACGCAGCAACGGAAGACCUGUCGCACUUCACACUGCCCGUGAAUUGGCCUCCGAGAUGCCUUACUGCACCCACAGCGAGCGGAAACUGCGACGUGGACACGAGAAGCGAUAGGAAGACAGCGACACCGCGGACGACCCUACUCAAGACACGAGGCCCGACCGCGCAGAUGAGCUGCUUCACUGAGCCGCAACCGUAGCCGGAGUGGAUGGUUCCCUGUAGGGAGCGGCAGGGCGGACCAUCGCCUGGCCCUUCUUGUUGCGGUAGAAGAUCACAUCACCUGUCUCGGCGUUAAUCAUCGUCGUCAC